AUAAUCGUUCAUUUGUAAGUUUAAGAAGCGGAAAAUGGACAUUGUAAAAAGUAGUUGCUAAGAUACCGUUUGUAUCGAUAUUUAAGAGGAAGAAAAUGGUACGUGAGAAACUAAGUUUACUUCAUUUCUCAAACGAUACUGCGAAUUGCUGAAUUACAAAAUUUAUAAGAUAGAAACUCAGAAAAUAGAUCAACUUUAAAAUAAAUUUAUGUAACAUGGCUCUGGAAUUUAAUGACGGUUCUGCUCAAUCACAUUGCUCGGAAAUCGGAAAAAGGGAUCCUGAACAAAAUGUGGUGACCGUAAAAUUUGUAGAGUCAGAAACGACACAUGACAUGCAGGAGACAGAUAAUUUGCCGCCAACAUUUGAUCACCCUUCUAAAUUCAAUUAUGGAAAUUGUGUCUGCACUGCAAGUGAUGGUUUACUCAAACAAUUAUCUGAAAACAUUUGUGGUAAAAAAGAUGGCCCUGCGAAGAAUAACUUAAAAAAUAUUCACCCGUUUUAUCGAACCAUUAAUUCUGACUAUGGAUCUAAGCCUCCUUGCGUACAUACUAUGCCAAUUACUUUCUACCCAAAGAAGCAAAAGUAUUGGGAAAAUUUGGCUCGAGUUGGUAUGUACCGUAAUUGUAGUUUCAAUACAGCAAUCGAGAAAAGCCGCAUUUGAAUUUUUUUUAGGAAAAAAGCACUAAUAAACAAUGAAAAAGACUGAUUAAAAAUUUUCGUAUGAUUAGUAGGUAUUAGAAUUUGUUUUUAAAUGUAAUGUUGAAUGCUUUAUGUGUAUCUAUGUUUUAAAUGUGUAUUUGAUUGAAAAUAGUAAGCUUAAGACAGUUAUAGAGUAGAAAAUUUGGACUCAUUUAUACUAUGGCAUUUAAUAGUUAUU